UUUUAAUAUAUUUGGGCCUUACAGGCCCAGUAAUGGAUCUUCAAUUCUUCGACUUUUAAUUUCCAGAAUUCUCAUGAUCUUGGCGGAUUUCGCUUUUAAUUCCGUCAAUCUCUCCGAUCAAAAUAUCUCCAAUUCAAUAAACCCAAAAAAAAAAAUCCGAUCUACGGAGAAGAAGAUGGGGAUAAUAAGGAGCAGCUUCUCUUUCAUCAUGGGAACAGUGUGCGGGAUCUACAUCGCUCAGACCUACAACGUCCCUAACAUCAAAAAGCUCGGUCACUGCGCCGUUUCAAUGGCCAAGCAAGUUGAGGAGAAAUAUCGCAAGCCCAAAAGCAGAGACGACGUUUGACAGAUUCCACUUAGCAGCUUCUCCGGUGAAUUCACCGUCUCUUGUACCUUUUUUAAAAAUGAAUUUUGCUACUUCUUAAGGUUUAUGUGUAAAUUCAGUGAAAUUUGAUGAUCAUAUAGAACCAAAUGAUGAUUCUUUAUUCCGAUUGCUGCAAUUUUCAGCUGUUUUGAUUGGUUUAAAUAUCAUUCGAC